AUGUCCCCUGGAAAGAUCAGAGACGAGUUGAGAAUCUUCACGCCCGUCGGCCAAUUCGGUCAAGGGUGGAAUGCGGGGAUCUUCUGGGACACGGUCGAAUCUGGCGUGGACGCCAUCAUUGCUGACGCUGGUUCAACCGACAGUGGUCCUGGACGUCUCGCACUUGGCAAGACUGCAGCCUCACCAGCAGGCUACAAAAGAGAUCUAGGUGAAUUGGUCAAAGCAUGUCACACCCAUGGUGUCCGUUGCCUCAUCGGCUCCGCUGGCGGAUCUGGCUCUAGUGAGCUCGUCGACAUGAAUACUCGCAUCAUCCGAGAGAUUGUCGAAGAAAACGGAUAUCGUCCCAUGAAAGUCAUCAGCAUCUAUGCUGAGAUCCCUAAGGACGUGGUACGUCAAAAGUUCAAGGACGGUCUCAUCAGUCCUUGUGGGCAGGGUGUUCCUGCUCUCAAAGAAGAUGAUAUCGACUCGGCAGUGAGAAUCGUUGCACAGAUGGGCUUGGAACCCUAUGUGAAGGCAAUGAAUGAGAAUCCAGACUUUGACAUUAUAAUUGGCGGACGGUCAUAUGAUCCUGCUCCAUACGCAGCUUUUUGUAUUCAUCAUGGCUUCAACGACCUAGGCAUCAAUUAUGCCAUGGGUAAAAUCAUGGAAUGCGGAGCACAGUGCGCAGUUCCCAAGACGAGGGAAGGUCUGGCUAUCGUACGCCAUGACAGCUUCGACCUUAUCCCACUCCAGCCAGGAGCGAGGUGCACUCCGACCUCGGUGGCUGCUCAUCUUCUCUAUGAGAAGAGUCGACCAGAUAUACUCCAGGGUCCCGGCGGUGAGCUCCAUACCCGUGAUAUGACCUAUGAGCAAAUCGACGAGCGCACGGUAAGAGUACGUGGACCAAAAUUCGUUCCGCAAACAGCAGGCGAAUAUACAGUCAAGUUGGAAGCAGCACGCGUCAACGGCUAUCAGGCUAGUUUCGUUGGUGCUUUCAGAGAUCCCAUCCUGAUUUCACAGCUCGACACGUGGAUCCCUGCGGUCAAGGAGACUGUGAAGGGUAGAAUGUCUGGAAACUACGAGUACGAGACCAAGAUCAUCACGUACGGUAUCAACGGGGUCAUGGGCGCUCUCGAGCCAAACAAGACCCUCCCCCAUGAGGUCUGUGUGGUGGUCCAGUGCAAGGCUCCCACGAUGGAACAGGCCAUGGAAGUCGCCAACAGAACCAAGAUGGGCUUGACACAUGCCCCGUACCCGGGUCAACUUGCAACGGCUGGAAACUUCGCUUGGCCCAUCACUCCAUGCGAGACACCGAUCGGCCCUGUUCCAGAGUUUUGCAUAUACCAUCUUAUCCACAAGGCUGACCCGGUCGGCUUGUUCCCUUUCAAGGUGGAGGAGUACAAAGGGUCCAACACAUAUGUGCAUACUCCUCGCGAGAAAGUCGCCCUCCAGGCCGACGCCGCCGUGGCCAUAAUCAAGGCCCCAGGAAAGACAACAGGACAACCAAAGAAAUACUAUCUCCUGCCCCAACCAGCCGAGGGGACAUGCUACCUUGGAGACGUUGCUUCAGUCCUUCGUAGCAAGAUUGCUGGGCCCUACGAAGUCACAUUUGACAUCAUGUUCCCUGACGAUGAUACGUACAACAAAGUCAAGGCGUCGAAUUUGCUAUCGGGGCCAACGGUGGCCAAGCUGUACAAUAUCCCCGAAAGUGAUAUUAUUGCUGCUCUGUGGUGGGAUCCUGCGAGAGCAUUUAAGGCCACGAUCCCUCGCUAUCGUGCUUCAGCUGGAUUUGAGGAAACGGAUACGCACGGCUCACAACAGCAUGCUCCGCUGUUGUACCUGACUUUGCCCUGGGGAAGAGAAUAG